UUCGCAUUUUUUGUGUGGUGAUUGAUACUCUGCUCAAGAUGGAAGACUUGCAGAAGAGAUUGGCGGCGCUGGAACAAGGCGCCGAGGACCGCCACCUGGAGGUGCUGGGAGGUCAUUUGGGUGCCCGUCGCGAAGAACAGUCGGGUACGGAAUGGCCUGCCGAGCGCAUUCGACAGACGUUUGUGGACUUUUUCAUCAACCAUCCGUCGUUGCCGCAUGUCGAGUACAAGUCGUGCCCCGUGGUGCCGUUGGACGACCCAACGUUGUUGUUCAUCAACGCGGGCAUGAACCAGUACAAACCCAUCUUCCUUGGGCAAGUGGACCCGUCCCACCCGAUGUCCAAGCUCACUCGCGCCGUGAACUCGCAAAAGUGCAUUCGCGCCGGCGGCAAGCACAACGACUUGGACGAUGUGGGCAAGGACGUGUACCAUCACACGUUCUUUGAAAUGUUGGGGAACUGGAGUUUCGGCAACUACUUCAAGGCCGAAACGAUCGACCUCAGCUGGACUUUGUUGACCAAGGUGUACGGGUUGGAACCGGAUCGGUUGUACGUGACGUACUUUGGCGGCGACGACAAGCAAGGCCUGCCUGCCGACGAGGAAACCAAGCAAUUGUGGCUCAAGCACGUGCCGGAAUCCCGGUUGCUUCCGUUUGGAUGCAAGGACAACUUUUGGGAAAUGGGCGACCAAGGUCCGUGUGGGCCAUGCACGGAGAUCCACUACGAUCGCAUUGGCGGCCGCGACGCCGCUUCCCGCGUGAACGCGGACGUGCCGGACGUGAUUGAGAUUUGGAACAACGUGUUCAUCCAGUUCAACCGCGAACCCGACAGCUCCCUCGUCGUGCUGCCGUCCCAACACGUGGACACGGGCAUGGGCUUUGAACGCCUCGCAUCCAUCCUCCAGGGCAAGACGUCCAACUACGACACGGACGUAUUCGUGCCGCUGUUUGCGUCGAUCCAGGCGCUGUGCGGCACCACCGAGCCGUACACGGGCAAACUCGGCGACGAAGACCCGACCCUCAAGGACAUGGCGUACCGCGUGGUGGCCGACCACAUCCGCACGCUGACGGUGGCCAUUUCGGACGGCGCCGCCCCUUCCAGCGACGGCCGCGGGUAUGUCCUUCGUCGCAUCUUGCGCCGUGCGGUGCGCUACGGUGAGCAAUUCCUUGGCGCCCCCCGAGGCUUUCUGUCCAAGUUGGUGCCCAAGGUCGUUGAAAUGCUCGGGGGAGCGUUCCCGGAAUUGAUUUCCAAGCAAGCGCAGGUGAUUGAAGUGAUUUUGGAUGAAGAAGAGAGCUUUGGGCGAACGUUAAGCAAGGGUCUGGACCGGUUCAAGAAGAUUGCGGCGGCAUUGAAGAGCGAGAAGAAGACGGUUGUACCUGGCGAAGACGCCUUCUUCCUGUACGACUCGAUGGGGUUCCCAUUGGAUCUGACGCAGCUCAUGGCGGAAGAGCAAGGAUUGGUCGUGGACGUCGCUGGCUACGACCUUGCGAUGAAGGUCCAACGUGAAAACUCGGGCAAAAAGGUGGGCGUGGCCGGCGUCCGCCCGUUGGUCCUCGAGUCGGCGGAAACGGCCUACUUGACGGGGCACCAGAUUGCGCCGACGAUGGACGACGCCAAGUACAUCCAACAGCACGUGACGGCCUCGGUCGUGGCCAUCUUCACCACCACCGCCACCGCGUCCACGUUUGUCCAGUCCACGACGGCGCACGAACAUGCGGCCAUUGGGGUGAUCUUGGACACGACCAGCUUCUACGCGCAAUCGGGGGGUCAAAUUUACGACACGGGCGUGAUCAAGAAUGGCACGACGCACUUCAACGUGCAUGCGGCCGAGUCGUACGCUGGCUUUGUGCUCCAUGUGGGUCCGUUGACAAAGGGUACUCUGCACGUGGGCGACGUCGUGCAAGUGGAGGUCGACUACCAGCGCCGCAACAAGGUCGCUCCCAACCACACGAUGACCCACAUUCUCAACUUUGCUCUGCGCCGCGUCCUUGGCACUAUCGUCGAUCAGCGGGGCUCGCUCGUCGACGACGCGCGCCUUCGCUUUGAUUUCACCUCCAACAAACCGUUGAAACCCGACCAAAUUGCAGCGGUGGAGACCAUUUGCAAGGACGUGAUUUCGCAAGAGUUGCCCGUGUACGUCGAGUCUGCGCCUCAGGCCCAUGCCAAGCGCAUCCAGGGACUUCGAGCCGUGUUUGGGGAAACCUACCCCGACCAAGUGCGCGUCGUGUCGAUUGGGGCGGCGAUUCCAUCGAUGCUGGCCGAUCCAGAAAACGCGGCAUGGAAACAGUUUAGCGUCGAGUUUUGCGGCGGGACCCACUUGACCAACACCAAGGAAGCCGUGUCAUUUGCAUUGUUUGAGGAAGGCGCCGUGGCCAAGGGCAUCCGUCGCAUCAGCGCGUACACGGGCGACGCGGCCAAACAAGCCGACGCCCGCGCCGACGACCUCCAGAAGCACCUGGACGACCUCGCCAAGCUGCCAGUGGUGGACAUUGUCACGUCUGUGGCGGCGUUCCGACCCGUGCUCGACACGGCGCUCAUUUCGCUUCCCCGCAAGGAGGCGCUGAAGCACCAGUUGAACAACCUGAUUGACAAGAUCAAGGCGUGGCAAAAGGACGAAGCGGCGGCUCGUGCGGCGGCCGGUGUCGCCCACGUCCAGACAUUGGUGGCGGCGGCCAAAGCUAACAGCGACGAGUUUAUCGUGCUGUCGUUGGACGUGGGGGCCGAAGCCAAGCUGGGCCGUGAACUGCUGGAUGCGGCCGUGCAAGUGCACCCUGAUGGCAGCUUCUUCAUCUUCAGUGUGGACGCCGAUCGCACCAAGACGGCUGGGUUUGCGCAAGUCAGCGCCAAGCACCACGCGGCCAAGGGUCUGGAUGCCAAGAGCUGGGUCAACACCGCCAUGGCGUCACUCGGCGGCAAGGGCGGCGGCAAGGACCCGCUCACGGCCACCGGUCAAGCCAAGACGGUUCAAGGUCUGGACGACGCGAUCGCCGCCGCCAAGGCGUUCGUGCAUUAAGCACGUCGACGGCAAACCCACUACUACUACAUGGACAUGUUUCUUCCUGUUUUCGGUGUUGUUUGGCAAUGUACGCGGGUGGUUGGUAUGUCUGUCGUCGGGGUAAAGUACAGAAAUGAACAUGUGAAGUGAGAGCAUGUCUGAAAUUAGAAUUUGCAUGAUUGGCUAAAAAGAAUGAAGGUUGCAAUAUGA